AUGCCAGCGCCCACAGCUCGUCUUAGGGACCCAGAGGAAGCCGCAGAUAAUCGGCAACAUGGUGCAGUAUCGCAAAAUGCCCCUCAACAUGAAGAGGAUAUCCUAAUCGACACCAAUGCUGCACCCCUCACUGAACCCUCGAUAUCCAAAAACCCAACCCCAGCUACCAACCAAGAAGAUACAGAAAUGCAAAUCGACGUUGAAGGCCGUCCAGUUUUCACUCCAGCCACCCCAUCCGUAGGCGCAUACCGUGUAGAAACCCGCAAAGUCCCCGUCCCGCCCCACCGCAUGACACCCUUAAAAGCCUUCUGGCCCAAAAUCUACCCCCCCCUCGUUGAACAUCUAAAACUUCAAGUACGCAUGAACAUCAAAAACCGCACUGUUGAGCUGCGCACAUCAAAGCACACGACAGACACUGGUGCGUUGCAAAAAGGUGAAGACUUCGUGAAAGCGUUCACUCUGGGGUUUGAUGUUGAUGAUGCGAUUGCCCUUCUGCGUCUGGAUGACUUGUACAUUGAGACGUUUGAGAUUAAGGAUGUGAAGACACUUGGCGGGGAACAUUUGGGGCGUGCCGUGGGACGGAUUGCGGGGAAGGAUGGGAAGACCAAGUUUGCAAUUGAGAAUGCCAGCCGGACGCGGGUGGUGUUGGCUGAUCAGAAGAUCCAUAUUCUUGGUGGGUUUAGAAAUAUUCAUGUCGCCAGGGAAGCGAUUGUUAGUUUGAUUUUGGGCAGUCCACCGAGCAAGGUGUAUGGCAAUUUACGGACCGUGGCGUCACGGAUGAAGGAACGUUUUUAA